CAGCGAGGCCAGGUCAGGGCGCAGGCGCAGUGCGUCGUUUCCCCCGCUGCUUGCUGCGGUACACUCCUCACUUCAUUCAGUGUAAAAUCGUGAAGCAGAAAGAUGGUGCUGGACUUGGAUUUGUUUCGGGUGGAUAAAGGAGGGGACCCGGCCCUCAUUCGAGAGACGCAGGAGAAGCGCUUCAAGGACCCGGGGCUGGUGGACCAGCUGGUGAAGGCAGACAGUGAGUGGCGACGAUGCAGAUUUCGGGCAGACAACUUGAACAAACUAAAGAACUUGUGCAGCAAGACUAUUGGUGAGAAGAUGAAGAAAAAAGAGCCAGUGGGAGAUGACGAGUCCGUUCCAGAGGACGUGUUGAAUUUCGAUGACCUUACUGCAGACACGUUAGCGGCCCUGAAAGUCUCACAAAUUAAAAAAGUCCGACUCCUUAUUGAUGAAGCCAUCCAGAAGUGUGAUGGGGAGCGGUUAAAGCUGGAGGCGGAGCGGUUUGAGAACCUCCGAGAGAUUGGGAACCUUCUGCACCCCUCUGUGCCCAUCAGUAAUGAUGAGGACGCAGACAACAAAGUAGAGCGCAUCUGGGGUGACUGUACCGUCAGAAAGAAGUAUUCCCACGUGGACCUGGUAGUGAUGGUAGACGGCUUUGAAGGCGAAAAGGGAGCCGUGGUGGCUGGCAGCCGAGGGUACUUCCUGAAGGGGGUCCUGGUGUUCCUGGAGCAGGCGCUUAUCCAGUAUGCACUCCGGACUUUGGGGAGUCGAGGCUAUACUCCCAUCUACACCCCCUUCUUUAUGAGGAAAGAGGUCAUGCAGGAGGUGGCGCAGCUCAGCCAGUUUGAUGAAGAACUUUAUAAGGUCAUCGGCAAAGGCAGUGAGAAGUCUGAUGACAGCUCCUACGAUGAGAAAUACUUGAUUGCCACCUCGGAGCAGCCCAUCGCAGCGCUGCACCGGGACGAGUGGCUGCGGCCAGAGGACCUGCCUAUCAAGUAUGCUGGCCUCUCCACCUGCUUUCGUCAGGAAGUGGGCUCGCAUGGCCGUGAUACCCGCGGUAUCUUUCGAGUCCAUCAGUUUGAGAAAAUUGAACAGUUCGUGUACUCAUCACCCCAUGACAAUAAGUCGUGGGAGAUGUUCGAAGAGAUGAUCGGCACCGCGGAAGAAUUCUACCAGUCUUUGGGGAUCCCUUACCACAUUGUGAAUAUUGUCUCAGGCUCUUUGAAUCAUGCUGCCAGUAAGAAGCUCGACCUGGAGGCCUGGUUCCCAGGCUCAGGCGCCUUCCGGGAGUUGGUCUCCUGUUCUAAUUGCACGGAUUACCAGGCUCGCCGGCUGCGAAUCCGAUAUGGGCAGACCAAGAAGAUGAUGGACAAGGUGGAGUUUGUCCAUAUGCUGAAUGCCACGAUGUGCGCUACCACCCGGACCAUCUGCGCCAUCCUGGAGAACUACCAGACAGAGAAGGGCAUCAUUGUACCAGAGAAGCUGAGGGAGUUCAUGCCACCAGGGCUCCAGGAACUGAUCCCGUUUGUGAAGCCUGCACCCAUUGACCAGGAGCCGUCUAAGAAGCAGAAGAAGCAGCAUGAGGGCAGCAAAAAGAAAGCAAAAGAGGUUUCCCUGGAGAGCCAGUUGCAGAGCAUGGAGGUCACCGAGGCCUGAGCGCGGUCUCCUCAGUCUGCCAGACUUCCUUUCUGUCUGCUGGGAUCUCUGACCUGCCUUGGAGCAGGGAGCCGAGUACCACUCCUCACCCUGCCCCAUCUGACUGCACAGCCGAUGGGGAGCCAUCUGCCGUGUACCAAGCAGGUGUUCCCGUCUCCUCGCAUGGGCCAAGGGUCUCCUCACUGAUGACUGCUGAACCAUGCAAUAAAGCAUUUCUGGGGAAGGCGCGCGACUUCCUCAGUCUGCUC